UUAGUCCCCUAUGCCUUGGGCACUGGGCCCUUUUAUUACUCCGUUCGAUUUAUUGAUUGAUUGGUUCGUCCCGAUUGAUUUUUUCGCUGAAGUUUUUGCUCGAUCUGUGUCUGAGACUCUUCGAAUCGUGCUACUGGAUCGGUUUUCUGUUCUAUGGCGCAGUUGUAUGCAUGGGUCGAGUCGGCGUUGACAUCCGCUUUGACGGAGUUGUGUGCGGCGAAGUCGGCGCAAGAGCGGCGGUUGAGGGAGUUAUGCGCGGUUAUGCAGCACGCAAGCAGCAGGAAGGACAGCGGGGACUCGGAGAGACUCCCAGGUCGCAGUGGAUUGUUCCUUGGAAUCACUGUGCCAAGCCUUUCCCCACUGAAGAUCGAUUCGGCAUGGCUGCUCUCUACAUACCACAGGACGACGUGUGCUCUCAUCCUGACGACCAUCCCAGCACACUUCUCAGAGGUGCUUCGGCUGCAUUUCCGAGCAAGGUUGUGGGAGUUCAGCCAAGCAGUGCGAAGGCGGGUGUUGGGCCUGGCGCAAGGAGGAGGAGGCCGCGGAAGCGCUGUCGGGGGGAAAGAGAAGGGAGUGCAGGAGAACGAGGAGGGGGGAGCGUACAAGAUACUUCGAACCGGUUUGGCUGCAAUGGAUACGGACAUGCUUGGGCCGCACAGCGACAUGCUUGAGAAGGCAGGCGAUCACAGAGACGGGGUGGAUGGUAGUGGCAACACUCAAGGGAGCCCGGACGAGUCGUUUCUUCAUCAGAGAGGGUUUGACAAGGCAUUGCACAGACGGCAAAAGGUCGAGAGAGCGCAAAUGAUGCAAGGCAGUGGAGAGAGGGGGAAAGGGGCGGGAGAGGGAGGAGGAGACGAAGAAGAAUGUGACGAUGAUGGGGAGGCAAUGGGCCGGCGAAAGGUGCGAAAGAGAGGGGAGGAAUCGGAGAGUGUUGGGGAGGAGGGAGAGGAGGGUGAGGAGGGUGAAGAUGACGAUGACGACGAGGAAGAGGAAGGUGAUGACAUGGAAGGCAUGGAUUAUGUGUUGGGCUCCAGGGGUGUGGGGGUAGGAUUAGGUGCGUCGGAGGCCGCAGAAGUUGCCGGAACAAGCUGGGUUGCUGAUGUGCGGCGGGUGGCUACCCAACUGCGCGACCUUGGCUUGAUGACGAUGAGCGAGGAAGCGUAUGCCAAUGUGAUAUACUCUCAACUCCGGGGGAAGAUACUGCGGCUUGGAAAAGAGCAAUUUGAGAGACCUGUGCUGCCGCUGAUAAGACAUUGGAUUGAGGCAGUGCCAUUGCGUUUCCUGUGUGUUCUUCUGCCCUCCUCUUCUCUAUUUCCCUCCUAUGCGAACUCCAAAUUGGCAUCUCCAGGUUCUGCUGUGACGACACCCGGACCCAAUCCAUUUCCGUCGCCGCUUGCGUCGCCUGCAAUCACUGCUCCCGGCGGAGACGAAGCAGCAACUGUCGCAGUUGUCCGAUGGCGCCUGAGGCUGGAAUUCUACACUUAUGAAAUUCUUGGCGACUUACGGAUCAGUGAGCUUUUCGAUAUCAUCAAAGAUUAUCCAGAGAGGCUGACCGACGAUUCAGAAGUUGGUGCAUCUGGAGGAGGCGAUUCUCUCUUCGAGGAGCUUGGGAGAUCGGCUACCAUGUUAGAGGCUGAGGACAGCGAAUUUGAUCCUGAGCAAGGAGAUGGGGAAGAGGCAUGGACGGCAGCCAUGAGAUGGGACCCGGACCCGGUGGAGGCCGAUCCAUCGAAGACGAGCAGGAGCAGGCGGAUGAUGGAUAUCAUCAGUACUUUGGUCGGGAUCUACGGCUCCAAGGAGCUGUUCGUCAACGAGUACCGACUCAUGCUUGCCGACAAGUUACUCGCAAAGUCGGAUUACGAUACCGACAGAGAUAUAAAGACGCUGGAACUUUUGAAGGUAUGUUUUAUGGUGCGGAUUUUGGAUUUGACUGUCUGCGAUCACAUACAUAUAUGGUUGAGAGGAGUCCCACUGUGAUUGUGAGAAGUGAUCGUCACAUAUCUAUUCACCUAUAUAUAUAUAUACAGGGUUGCCGGCGUUCGGGAUGGGCCGAACACCG